ACCUUCCUCCCCUCUGGCAGUGGGCUUCAUUUCUCCUGAGGGGAGAAGCUUUCAGACAUACAAAGACAGCGGUCACCGUGUCGGAGAGGAACGGUAGGAUGAGGCUCCACUUCCUGCCGCAACAGCUGCUGCUGAUGAUGAUGAUGAUGCGGCCCAUGGCUCAUGGAAUCCCGCUCACUCAGAAGUGUGACUCAUCCACUGAUGGCAGCAUCUACAAAUACCACGCUAAGACUCUAAAUGGCAGCCAAACUGUCAACUUUAGUGACUACAUUGGCAAAAGUGUGCUCUUCGUCAACGUUGCCACAUACUGAGGAUACACCUAUCAGUAUGUGGAACUGAAUGCACUGCACGAGGAGCUGAAACCACUUGGUUUCACCAUCGUUGGAUUUCCCUGCAAUCAGUUUGGGAAGCAGGAACCAGGACAAAACCAUGAAAUCCUUCCAGGCUUGAGGCAUGUCAGACCGGGCAAUGGAUUUGUUCCAAACUUCCUGCUGUUCAAUAAAGGAGACGUGAACGGAAAAUAUGAGCAGGACGUUUUCACAUUCCUUAAAGGCAGCUGCCCGCCCGUCGGGGAGGACUUUGGGAACACCGACAGGCUGUUCUGGGAGCCCCUAAAGAUCGGCGACAUCAAGUGGAACUUUGAGAAGUUUCUGGUGGGACCUGAGGGGAAGCCCGUGAUGAGGUGGCACCCGAGCGUCAACGUGUCCACGGUCCGAACUGACAUCCGCAAUUUCCUGCUCAAACUCUACACCCAAGACCUUUUUAAUUAGGUGAUUUCAUUGUAGUAGGUGCACGGUAGAUUUUAGACACCAUGUAGGGCAGUUUCUGGUAAAUGAAGGGGGCAGGUUGAAUGAAGAGGAGGCUUGAAAGCAGAACGUCUGCGGAGCCUCCUCGGAGUCUGGGGUUCAGGCCAGCUUUUCAGUGCAUUCAGGCUGCCCUGCCAUCCCACAGAGACACGUCCUCUUCCCAAAUGCCAGAAUCCGUCAGCCAUGACGGUCCGAAUGUUCAUUACAUGGAAUAAAUCACAGAAAACCA